CUGUGUUCAUUGGUAUAACUUACUGUUUAUAUUGCUAUUGAUAUCAUGAUAAAGAUUGAUUUAAAGCAAUAUUAUCAUCAUUAUCUAGGGGCAUGAUCAUAUUGUAAUAUAAAAAAUGGAAAACAGUAAACGUUAUUGUACUUGAAAAUGGAAUAGUUUAUUUAGAACUAACAUGACAACUUCACAUGCAUUAUACCAUUUGAGUAAAUUGCAGAUAACGUUUAUCAGUCUUGUAACCCUUGCAAUACAAUUGUGUACGGAGCAGAAUGUCCUAUAUUCGUCAAUUAAUCAUGACAUUUAGUAAAGUACAACAGUCUUUUAAGAUUUUUAGCUACAUAAGGUCGCAUCAACCGAUCUCAAAUAUUAUAUCAAGAGCAUUUAUUUACGAUAGGUUAUUAAGAACCACAUCGCGUAAAUUACACCUUGUACCUGUGCAAUCAACUUUGCAUUUUUCAACUUCCACUGUUACUAAUACUAGUUCAGAAACCAUGAGUGAAGGUGAAAACAAAACUCUUAAUGUUUAUUACAAUGAUAUUUUAAAAGCUCAAAAAGACAAUAGUAUUUUGAUUAUUGAUGUUAGGGAGAAAGAGGAAAUUGAUGAAACUGGCAAACUUCCAGGAAGUAUUCAUAUACCAAUGGGAGAAGUUACAAAUACUUUAAUGAAUCUUUCUCAGAAGGAUUUUAAAGAAAAAUUCAACAGAGAGAAACCUUCUAAAGAUACAAAAAUCAUACUAAGUUGUAGAUCUGGUAAAAGGAGUGGUAUGGUUCAAGAACAAAUACAAAAGCUUGGAUAUGAAAAUGCCUACAAUUAUGUUGGUGGAUGGUUAGAUUGGGAAAAUAGUCAGAAGGUAUAGAUUUGAUGACAAUUUUAGUACCUAGUACUUUCUAUAUCCAAGAAUACUUGUUGCUAGACUAUUGUUAGUUAUUAAAAACAGAAAUAGUUAUAAGUAAUUUAAAUGUAGUAAAGUAUAUAGUUAAUUUCAAUGAAUGUAACAUAUUUACAUCUACUUUAAUAUGUGUAUACAUACAUAUAUGUAUGUUUUAUCAUUCAUCCAGUCUUUAUGUACAUCAUGAUACUAGAUGAAAAUUAUCUGUACAAAAUCA